AUGAAUAAAGAGAGGAAUGUGAAAAGUGCACGGAUCGAGGUGCUUUCAGAAUUGAUUACUGUGAAAACAGCAAAUUUGGAGACAAUGAAAGCAGCAGAAGAAGCGUUGAAAACUUCAGUAGAGGCAAUUGUUUCGGCUCCCCAAGAAGAGUUCCGUAAAUGUGUGGAAGAACUUCUCAAAUUCUCUAACGCCGAUAUUAAAACUUUGUCAAAAAUCACAAAACCAUCAGUCGGAAUUCGCCUGUGUUGUGAAAUGCUGCGAUCCAUCUUUGAACCGAAUUUCAAACCAAAGAGACAUGCCGCAGAAACAUGGCAAGAGUCGGUGAAAUUCGUCAGUGAUAAAUCGUUUUUCAUCAAAUUAGCCACCUGCGACGCUGAUAUUUUGACUGUGGAUCAGAUGAAGAUUCUGAAGAAAUACGUGGAGAGAGCUGAAUUAAAUGCGAAUAAGAUCGAGCAUGAAUCGGUGGUUUGCGCCUGCCUUUGCAGAUGGAUUAAUGCAUUUUUGGAGCUCGCAUGCACUUUGAGAGUUAUGGAAGAACAAGUGGAAGAGAUGAAAGAACUCCGGGAGCAGAUUAAACAGACUGAAGAGAAGUUUGAGAACGAAUCCAGUGAACUACAACAAUUGAAGGUUGAUGUGGAGAAGUUAACCAAUCUGAUUCGUGAAAAUGAACAAGUACUGGCGAAUGAUCGUCGUCUAUGUGAUUAUCGAUUGAGAAGUGGGGAUUUGUUGAACGCUCUGAAACCACAUAGAAAACGAUGGAAGUCGCAAUUGAAGCAAAACGAGAAGAAACAGAAAGAAUUGAUUGGAAGCACAUUACUUUUUGCAAUUUAUAGAUCUCAUUUAUUGUGUCAAGAGAAGUCAGUUGCAACGAUGUGCACAUCGAUGUGUACUGCUCAUCUAAACUCUGUUUCAGUGUCCUUCGAUCCUUCUGUAGCUACUCCUUCCAACGUCAUCAACAAGAUCCUUCGAAAUCUAAAAAUGUCGAGGAGAUUUUGUCUUUUUGCAUCUGCGUCCGACUCUCUUCUUCUGAAUCUUCGAGCUGUGCUUCCGGGUGCAACGUACCUGGAUAUGAGUCUGAUGACGUGGAAGGAUCCUCAAAUGGUUUUAUCCCUACCGAAGCAUGUUUAUUCUAUUGUACCAACUGUUUUCUUCAAUGUAACCGAAGUUCCACCUCCGGAAAUGCACGAGAUUCUGAUGAAAAGUGAAGAAAAGGAAGUCUGUUAUCAGAAUAAACCACUCGAGUUGCCAGAAGAUAUUCUAUUUGUUUUCGUUGCGAAAUCACUUGGACAUAUUCCAGAUCAGAUUAGAAAAUUGAUGGAAGUAAUAGUGAUAUCCGGCAAUUUGGAUCCCAUCGAAGAAUUGGGUAGAAGUGAACGGUGA